UUUGUUUGGUAGCGUUCUCUUUGCCGUUGCCGUGGAGGGUCGCUUCAGCUCCCUUCUCUCACGGCACCUGCACGAGAGAAAUGUGAAUAUUUAGUCCUAGACAAAAGAUAGUGUCGGGUUUGAGGCAAGAUGGCUUCCUUUUGUGUUCUCCUCGUCGCCUUUACUGUUUUUUCGACCCUGAAGGCCUCUUUACUUCCUGAUGAUAGGUAUUUUAACGAGGAAGACCCUUGUGAAGAUUUUAUUUACGACGGAAGAAGGCUGCCUUUUGCAGAAGUGCUUAUUGGCGAGAGGAUGUUUGACUCGAGAAACUGCGGUAUGGUGGUAUCUAUAGAUGAGGUGAACACAGAGAUUCCAAUAGUGAGGUUUUCAGAGGACAAUGAAACGAUGUACCUAGUUGCAAUGUUGGACCCGGAUACACCCUCAUUUACCAAUCCGCUAUGUCGCCAUUGGGUUCACUUUAUUUUCGGCAAUGUUAAGGGUAAGCAUUUGGCCUUUGGCAGGAUUCGAGGAGGAAAUAUCUACGGAGAAUACAAUCCGCCCAACCCUCAGCCAGGGCAAGGAAUACAUCGCUUUUACUUCUUCGUGUUUGAACAGAAGGAAAGGCUGGUGGAUGGAAUUCAUAUUGCUAACAGGUGUGGAUUUAACAUAGACGCUUUCAUUCAAGAUUUUCAGCUCAAGCCAGUGGCCAUGAAUAUGUUCCGGUCGGAAUACCAGAACGUUGUUGUCAUCAGCGAACUCAUUUUGACAUAGGGACAAUGUGACUUGUCGUCUCAGACUCAUUUACACUAUGAUAGCCAUGUUUGAAGUUCUCAUAUACAUCGUUUGUAUGUGAUGUGUACUAAUUAAAAUGGCGGACGUCUGAGUCGUAUGUUGAACUCGAGACUCUGUAACUAAUUAAUCAAAAUCAAACUCGAAGUUAGGUGAACGCUUUCGUUACUCCGACAAGGGGCAGGGGGAGUAACAUAUAUAAACAUAAACAUAGUAUAUAGAUUUAGCCAAGCCUAAAAGCGGAGCUCCUGAUUGCAAUAACUGACGAUAAAGGAAA